AUGCUUUUGUACACUAAAAAACAGGGAAUGCGCCUUGGAGCUAGCCGGCACAUUACCGACAUACAUUGUGAGGAUAUGUGCAAGGAGGGCCAGUCAAUCAUCAACUUGCAGUAUGGCACCAACAAAUUGGCAAGUCAGGCAGGCAUGCGGAUGGGGGGUCAACGGCAUAUCGCUGACAUUCGUUGCGACCAGAUCUCGCCAAGUGGUCAGGGUGUGAUCAACUUGCAAAUGGGUACAAACCAGUUUGCCAGCCAGUCUGGCAUGUCUUUUGGUGCGCACAGGCAUAUAAAUGAUAUGCACUAG